ACACACACACACACAAAGUGUAGAGAGAGAGUAUGUGUGUGUUCUGUGUGACUCUAUAUAUAUAUUCAUAUAUAUCAAACAAAGAUAAUCAAGUAAGACCUCUCACUCACCUCUCACUAUCAACCAAUGGCAGUUUCGCCAGAAUCGUCGGCCGAUCAAAAUCCAGUCGAUUUCCGAGCGCCGCCGCCUUCUCCGAUUGCCUCCGGACGCCGAUCAUCCUUCAAAAACGACGACAUUCUCACCGACUUCCUCGAACACUCUCUCCGCGUCCCCGACCUCAUCUUACCCGAUCGGUUCUUCCCUCGCCAAAAAUCGAUCCAAAACCCUCCCAAAAUCGACUUUCAGUCCCUUAAUUCACCUGAAAACGAUGACUCCGUCGCCGAAAUGCUAGACGCUAUCGCUCGAUUUGGUUUUUUUCAGAUCGUCAAUCAUGGAAUUACGCGCGAACAAAUCGCGUCGGUUUCAAUGUCCGGUGCCGGAAUCUUUAGGUUGUCACCGGAGAAGAAGGCGGUGGUGUCGAGAUCGCCGGAGAAACCGUAUGGAUUUGAGGAGUUCCAUGGAGAAGUUGAGAGUGAGAUGAGCGAAGAGUUUGUUUGGUGUAGAGACCAUGGGUUGAAGUUGGAAAUGGAGGGAGUUUGGCCACUUGGAUAUUCAAAGUUCAGUGAGAACAUGGAAAUGCUUUUGGUGGAGAUAGAGAAGGUAGGUGGAAGAGUAGUAUUAGCUAUGGAGGAGCAUAAUGCAAGAAAAUCACAAUGUGGAAAUGGGAUCAUACGAGGACAAGAUUUUGAUGGCUCAGUUUGUUGUUUCUACAAACAUAGCCGCAAUGUUUCUGGUGACCAGUGGGUCGGCUCCUUGAAAUGUGAUGUGAUUAAGAUGCUGAUCAGAGGAUCAGAUUACUCUCAUGCACUAUGUAUGCAUGUCUGUGAAGGGUCUUCUGAGUUUCAUGUUUACUCCAAGAAAGGUUGGGUAUCAUUCUGCCCUGACACAGAUGCUAUAGUCAUCACAAUUGGAGAUCAAAUACAGGCAUGGAGUGGUGGACUGUACAAGCAGGUGAUAGGGAGGCCAAUAUUUAAAGGAGAAAAUGAAGAGUGUAUCUCAAUGGCUUUCCUCUAUUCUCCCUCUAAAAACAUCAAAAGCUUCAAAACAAACGAGGGGAAGACCAUAUCACUUGGCCAACAAGCCAUAGUGGCCAUACUUUUCACACUUGUUUACCAUUUUUUGGUUUAUAUCUACAAAUUGUGAAGAACUUGAGGUUUCAAUUUCAUCCAUCUAGUCAAUGGAAAGCAGAUAUGCAUAUCAUUUUACCCCUUCUUUAUAA